GCUGUCCCACCAGCGGGUGCACGCCGGUGACCGUCCUGUCCCCAGCCCGGUGUGUGGAGAGCGCUUUGCCAUGGCCUCCCAUGCCCUGUCUCACCAGCACGUGCACGCCAGUGGCCAGCCCUACGACUGCCCGUACUGCGGUGAGGAGUUUGACAGCUUGCGGGGGUUGCGGCAACACCGGUGGGCCCACGCCGGCGAGCAGCUGCUCCCACUGUGACAAGAGAGCACGGGGGCUGCGGGAGCACCAGCGGAUACACACCAGAGAGAGACACUUUGUGUGCGCUGAGUGUGGCAAGGGUUUCAUCCGCAUGUCCAGCCUGUGGCAGCACCGGCGUACCCACAGCGGUGAGCGUCCCUUCCCCUGCCCGUCCUGUGGUAAGGGAUUCAUCCGCCUUGACCACCUGCUGGAGCACCAGCGAGUCCACACCGGCCAGCGCCCCGUCACCUACCCGCUCUGUGGCAAGGCCCUUGUCCGCUCCAGCCUGUUGGCACACCACCACGUGGAUCGGUACGUGAUGUUUAGGUAGACACAAAAUGCUGGA